AUGGCUUCUUACACUUACCUUGACACUCCGAAUGCUAAUUUGGUGUGCUGCAUCUGCAGAUCGCCGUUCGUCGAACCAUGCACCGCCAGGACGUGCCUUCAUACGUUCUGCUACGAGUGCAUCUCUCAGGCCAUCUCCAUCAACUGUCAUUGCCCCAUCGACCGCACCCCGCUUUCCCUCCACGACCUCGCCCCCGCCGAUCCCGUCAUACGCAAUUUGGUAGACGAGUUGAUUGUCCGGUGCCCGCAGGAGCAUCUUGGUUGCUCCCAUACUUGUCAACGGCUUCUUCUACCAGUGCAUGUCGCGGAAUCCUGCCAACAUGUCCAAGUCGCCUGCCCAAACCCUGAAUGUUCUCAGCCCGUCCUGAGGGGAACCGUCGAAAGUCACCAGUGCGAGUGCACUGCAUCCGAUGCAGUAGCCCGGGACAGCGGACGUCAGGGCGACGACGAGAGCUCCGGUCCCAAGGCGGAAGCAAAAGCGGGAGGUGUUGCACAGGUUGCGAAUGCCUCAAAUACGACUUCACCUCCCACGCCGCCCCCAUCUACCGACUUAGUUGCGGAAAACACCGUGUUGCGCCUGCGACUCUCGGCGUUGGAAAACGUCGUGCACGAGUUGCGUAGCGAGAUGUUCGCUGUGAAACAUGCGCUUGGGCCGUGGUAUAGACCCGAUGUGCAACCCCAGUUCCACGCCUAUCGGCAGCCAGAGCCGCCCCUCGCAACAUUUGAAGGACUCGAGGGCCCUCUAUCAGAAGUUGUAGAAGCACAAGGACAAGACCUUACCGAUCUAUCAGAAUCCUCUCCUCCCCCGCUUCAAGAGGAUCCUUCCGACAUAGCUUCGUACUUCCCGAGCCCAGAAGAGUCUACAUGGAACGUUCAAUCACGACCACGUCGAAGUCGCGCUUCCACAGAUGCCGCCCGUGUACAACAUCUCCACGCACAGUCGCCUACAUCACCGACUACUCCUUAUCCAACAGUAUUUCCUAAUACCGCCGCUGUCGCAUACCUUCCUGGUGGUCCUGGUGUGAUGUACGGCCCCAGUUCUUACACGACACCUGGUGUUGUCCCCGCCAUGUCGUAUCCCCAAGGUACCGCGAUCCCGACGAACUCUCCAACUGCUCUCAGUAUUCCGCCGCUCGACCCAACUACCCCGCUCCCGGACACCCUUGCAACGCUCCACUCGUCGCUGGGGACACUCGCCGGCGCUCUCGGUGCGCUCGCCGCCGCACGGGGCUCGGAGUCGUUGCGCACCGCAGAGGAGAUUAGAGGUAUGCGCGCCGCCAUGCACGGGCUGCGCAUGCAGAUGCACGAUAUGCUCACGUCACGGACCCUCGUCCCCGGAGGGUCGGCUCGCCCCGCCGGAGGGAGCACGGACGCAGAUGGGCCUGACGGCGCACCUCUCGGGAUGGGUGCGCCGCCCUGGGUGUCGCGCCAGUACGGACAGUACCCGUUGUACCCACACUCGUACCCGCUCGCGCAUCUGGGGAUGGCGCACCCCGCGCCGGCGAAUAUCACGAAGCUCUAAAGCCGCGCGCUGUCAGACGUGUGAUCAGCCGGCCUGCCAGGCGACCGCCGACCGCACACAUGCGCCCACGGGCCUGCUGUUCGGGUCGCGCACCUGACGUGCG